AUGACGAUAGCAGAGCUGGAGGCUAAAAUCGAACAUAAUCGAAUUAUGAGAGACAAGUUCAUACAGAUGCGUCCUUUAUUAAAGGAUAAGAACGUUAUAUCCGAUUGUGAAACUCAGAUAAAAGAAUAUCAAAAAUACAUUGAUUACUUUACCGAGGAACUACAUCGACUAGAGCUAAGACAAGAGGAAGGGCCUCCCGAAAAUAAUGAAGAUGCCCCCCAACGAACACUGGCCUUACCACAAGACCAUCCGCCAAGAACUAGUUCGAUCACAGCCAACGUAACAGCAUUGGUUCAAUCAGUCUCAAAUAAAAAAAAGUACUCCAACCUUGACCUUUUGAUGUCCGAAACUCCGUAUAAUAAGCCCAAAGUAUCACUCAAGUUACAUGAAUUGGAAUAUAAGCUUGAUGUUGAAAAGACAGUACUCAAAGGUAUCAAAGGAAUGGCCGAAGUGCUCGAGAGAAACCCUUCAGGAGAUCGAAAAAAUCGUACAGACGUUCAAGACAAAAUGUCUGAGAGCAUGGAAAAGUUAAGUUUGUUGAACUCGGCUUUGAGAAAAUACAAAAGUUUAUACAUUGGCGAAGGAGGCGAUGAAGAUGACUAUGAAUUAGAGACUCCACCUUCCGCCCGUUUACCCCCUGGAUUUAGAAGGCCAGUAACUGGUAAACUUCAACUGGAGAUACUCGAAGCAUGUGAACUAGCACAUGCUCCUACUCGUCUGAUUCGUACUCCGUCUACAGUCGUCUUUGUCAAGAUCGAUAAUCAAAUCGUCUUUCGUUCACGACCCUCAAAGAACGAUAAAUGGAACGAAUUGUGCGAGACUCACGUCAAUAAGGCCUCAGAAAUUGAAAUCAGCAUAUACGAUCAAUCCACCGAAAAAUCUCUACCCAUCGGUAUUCUCUGGCUCAAAAUUACCGACAUCACUGAAGGAUUAAGAAAGAGAAAAAGACCCCAGUGGGUGUUGGCUGAACAAAGACAGCAGAUGACCCAAGGUGCAGUUAAUGAUAGCCCCACCUUGCCUCAACCCGCUGUUGUCAACCAAGCAGAGGGCGGUAUUGAGGCAUGGUUUGAUGUUGAACCUGUUGGCAGAGUCGCCCUUCGUCUAAAUUUUGUCCGUGCUGAAGGCAAUCGUCGUCCUAUGGACAAACUGGGUCGUGCUGGUGCUGUUCGUCAACGUCGUGAGGAAGUGGUCGAAGUGAAUGGACAUCAGUUUGUAGAAAACAGAUUCUAUAAUGUCAUGAAGUGCGCUCUCUGUCAAGAAUUCUUUGUUAACAGCGGCUAUCAAUGUGAAGAUUGUGAAUACACGUGUCAUAAGAAAUGUUCAAGCAAGGUUGUCACCAAAUGUGUUUCUAAUUCUACAGAAACUGUAUCUGACGAAGAUAAGCUCAACCACAAGAUUCCUCAUAGAUUCGAACCCAUCACAAACAUCGGCGCUAAUUGGUGUUGUCACUGUGGUUAUAUGCUGCCUUUGGGCUCUCGUGGUUCAAAGAAAUGCUCUGAGUGUGGUAUCACCGCUCACACACGUUGCGAGCGCUAUGUUCCCGAUUUCUGUGGCCUUAGCAUGGAAAUGGCAAACCAGAUGCUUGCUGAGAUCAAAGCCGCUGCUAAGCGCAAGACAUUGGAAUCCAAAUCUUCUAGCAACCGUAUAUCUAAAACGGAAAAGACAGAAGAAGUCGUAUCAUCUGUUGAAGAAGACCUCGUGAACCAGCUUUCCCAAGUUUCUGUAAGUCCAGCAUCGCCUCAAUCACCACCUGUUCCACCACCAAAGAGCCCUGUUGCCGUACCUCAGACACCUCCUACGAUGUACAAUAAUAAUGUUCAACAGCCUCAUCCACAACAACCUGUGCAUCAGCAGCCUGUGCAUCAGCAGCCUGUGCAUCAGCAACCUGUACAUCAACAGCCUUAUCCUCCUUAUUCACCUCAACAACAACCCAUGAGCAUGCCUCAGCCUUCAAGGAUAUAUCCACCACAGCAACAACCACAACAAUCACCAUCACAACAACAGCGUCCUCCUAUGCUCCCACCUCAUGGACAGCCACCCCAAUCACCAUAUGGAUAUAACCCAGCUCAACCCAAUGUUGAUCCCAGAUACCAACAAUACUACCCUCAACAACAGCCACAACAAAUGAGACCCCAAAUGCCAUAUAGUCCAUAUCAACAACAGCCAUCUCCACAACAGCAGCAAAUGAUGAUGCGUCCUCCUUCUCAGCCAAUGAGUCCUUAUCAACAACAACCACAACAGCAGCAACAACAAAUUGUUUCUCAAGGACAACACAUGCAAGGACCACCUAAACAGCCUGGUAUGAAACGUAAGGUGGCAUUAGAAAACUUUAGUUUCUUGGCUGUUCUCGGUAAAGGUAACUUUGGCAAGGUCAUGUUGGCAGAAGACAAGUACGAUAAACAACUUUACGCCAUUAAAAUGUUGAAAAAGAGAUUUAUUAUUGACAACGACGAAAUCGAAAGCGUUCGAUCCGAAAAACGCGUAUUCCAAGCUGCUAAUCGCGCUCGACACCCAUUCUUGAUCAACUUGCACUCAACUUUCCAAACUGAAAGUCGUGUGUACUUUGUGAUGGAGUACGUCAAUGGUGGUGACUUGAUGUGGCACAUUCAACGAGGCCAGUUCUCUGAACGACGAGCCAAAUUUUACGCCUGUGAAGUCUUGCUCGCUCUUGAAUAUUUCCACAGCCAAGGUAUUAUCUACCGUGACCUCAAGCUGGAUAACAUCAUGCUCGGCUUGGAUGGACAUAUCAAGAUGGCAGAUUAUGGUCUCUGUAAGGAAAAUAUGGGAUACGGCAACACGACAGGAACGUUCUGUGGUACACCUGAAUUCAUGGCACCUGAAAUCUUGCGAGAACAAAACUAUGGUCGUGCUGUUGACUGGUGGGCAUAUGGUGUACUCAUCUACGAAAUGUUGCUCGGACAAUCCCCCUUCCGUGGUGAAGAUGAAGACGAAAUAUUUGAUGCUAUUUUAGAAGACGAUAUUUUAUACCCUAUCAAUAUGUCUAGUGAUUCAAUCUCAAUCUGUCAGCAAUUACUGCAACGUGAUCCUAAUAGAAGAUUGGGUGGUGGCCCUGAUGAUGCAGCUCCUAUUAAAAGACAUCCCUUCUUCCGUGGUGUCGUUUGGGAGGAUAUCCUUAACAAACGUAUCCCUCCUCCUUUCUAUCCUUCAGUUUCUGGACGUCUUGAUACCUCAAACUUUGAUGAAGAAUUCACGAAUGAAACACCUGCACUCACACCUAUUGAUGCUACACUCAAUCGUGUUGAGCAACAAGAAUUCCAAAACUUCUCUUAUGUCGCUGAUUGGGUUUCUGCAUAA